AUUUAAUUUGUACUUAAGUAACAAUGUCUUCAGUUGAGUAUUUAAGAGAGUUUGUCAACGAGCGACUAACUGCUGCUGCUGAAGAAAUAUUCAGAGUUUUUAAUAAAACUAUCUUCGAGUACGAGGAAGAGAUCGAUCGUCAGCGCAAACUGUUGGAUAUCGUUUGGAAACCUGAAAUAAAGCUACACAGGAUAGAGCUCCCACAGCAACAUGUCUGUAAGGAGGAGGAGGUACUCGCUGACCAGCAGCUCUGUAUUCAGGAGAGGAACUCCAGUCUGGACCAAGAGGACCCAGAGCCUCCAGAGAUUAAAGAGGAACAGGAGGAACUCUGCAUCAGUCAGGAGGGAGAGCAGCUUGAACUGAAGCAGGAGACUGAAACCUUUAUGUUGACUCCUACUGAUGAGGAAAGUGACCACAGUGAAGAUCAGACUCUGAAAUUCAAUUCUAAUGACACUUUAAGUCCAGCAGAGAAAGAGUCUGUAGUCAACAUGCCAGUUAUAAGCUCUGUGGUAUCAGAACCAAACAGUGACCACCAGCUCCUCUCUCACAACUCUCAUGUAGCUGAGAACCAAGAUCAGAAAGAAGGCAAGAAUGGAGACUCUGGAUCAACUAGUAAUGCAGAAACAAAACAACAGACAAGACAUCACAAAUGCACAAGUCACAGUAACAACAUAUAUAACCGUACUAUGUCAACAAUUGGCAUUAAUACUCACACGGGUAAAAAGUCUUUCAAAUGUGACAUCUGUGAGAAAGCUUUCAAGAACAACUCAAUUUUACAGAGACACCUGAGAAUCCACACAGGUGAGAAGCCAUUUACAUGCAAAACAUGUGGAAAAGGUUUCAGUCGUAAUAGUGACUUGUUGCGCCACAUGAGAAAAGUCCACACAGGUGAGAACCCAUAUUCUUGUAACACCUGUGGGAAAACACAUUUUUGUAUAUCCGAUUUGAGGGCUCAUAUAAGAAUCCACAAAGGCGAGAAGCCAUAUUCUUGCAACACGUGUGGGAAAAGAUUCACUCACAAAUCAACAUUGAAUGUUCACGUACGUAUCCACUCAGGUGAGAAGCCGUUCAUAUGCAAAACAUGUGGAAAAGAUUUCAGUCGUAAUACUAAGUUGUUGGUCCACAUGAGAAGAGCCCACACUGGUGAGAAGCCAUAUUUAUGCAAAACAUGUGGAAAAGAUUUCUUUCUUAAAUUUGACGUGGUGCGCCACAUGAGAAGAGUCCACACAGGCGAGAAGCCAUAUUCUUGUAACACCUGUGGGAAAAAAUAUUCUUCCACAUCCGUUUUGAAGACUCAUAUAAGAAUCCACACAGGCGAGAAGCCAUAUUCUUGCAACACGUGUGGGAAAAGAUUCACUCAGAAAUCAACAUUGAAUGUUCAUAUACGAAUCCACUCAGGUGAGAAGCCGUUUACAUGCAAAACAUGUGGGAAAGAUUUCAGUCGUAAUUUUCUCUUGUUGCUCCACAUGAGAAAAGUCCACAAUGGUGAGAAGUCGUACCUUUGUAAGAUCUGUGGGAAAAGAUGGUUUGAUGCGUAUCAAUUGGCAAGGCAUGUAAGAUCCCAUACAGGCAAGUAGCCUACUGCAUUACUCAUAUCUUUGGUAUCAACCAUAUUUCUUUGAAACAAUCAUAAACUCCCAAAUCUUAGAAAAAUAUUUGUGCCAAAGUGAGUUUAUAAUUCCUACAAAUGUUUGACCUCUUAAAAUAAUAUUCUUUCAAUCCACCACCUUUGUUAAUAUGAGUGGAUUGUGAACUCUCUGAUGUUGUAGCUGUGAAACCCUCUCUCUGGUGAUGUUGGGUCACUUAUGUUGUCAUCCUGCCAAUUUUUUUUUAUCUGCAACAUUUCAUUUCAUUUUAUAUUUUUAUGUUUGUAAUGGCAUGUUCUUUAAAUAUGUUUUGUUGUUUUGGGCUUUAGAGGUGACCCACAAACAAAAAUUGUAGCCGAUGUACUACAUGGUGCUGCCAAUGAUUAAGCCUAAUAAUAAAUACAAUGAGCAGUGGCCAAAGUGAUGUGGCAAUGAAA